AUGCAGUUGGAGCCACCAAAACUGAAAGAACUAGCUGGACGUAUCGUGCGAUUGAAAAUGUCCAAGAUUCCCGUCAAAGAAGUGCUACCAAGGGAACUCAUCACAUAUCUGAACUCAGCGAAUCAGUGUGUGAAUCCGAAAUGCAAGGGGGUCUACUUCGAAGCAUGCGUUGAACAUGUGAAGUUUGUCGACUUCUGUGGAAAGUAUCGGGUACCAUUGUUACAAUUCUUGUGCUCCCCGAAAUGCUCGGCCGCCACUCCAGCGUACGUUUCAUCGGAAAGUUCUUCGGACACCGACGAUGACUUGCCAAAUAAUAUGAAGAUGCGAAAGAUCUUGCUUGGAUAA